ACGCAAGCACGGCAGCUCCGCCCCCUGCGUCUCUGGCCUCGCCGGUCUUGGGGGGGAUGGUUCUAUCAUGGCGUCAAUGCAGAAACGACUACAGAAAGAACUGUUGGCUUUGCAAAAUGACCCACCUCCCGGAAUGACUUUAAAUGAAAAGAGUGUUCAGAAUUCAAUUACACAGUGGAUUGUAGAUAUGGAAGGUGCACCAGGUACCUUAUAUGAAGGGGAAAAAUUUCAACUUCUAUUUAAGUUUAGUAGUCGAUAUCCUUUUGACUCUCCUCAGGUCAUGUUUACUGGUGAAAAUAUUCCUGUUCAUCCUCAUGUUUAUAGCAAUGGUCAUAUCUGUUUAUCCAUUCUAACAGAAGACUGGUCCCCAGCGCUCUCAGUCCAAUCAGUUUGUCUUAGCAUUAUUAGCAUGCUUUCCAGCUGCAAAGAAAAGAUUCUGUGUCUGAUGGAGAAAGGGAGGAAAAGACCAGAAAGAAAAACCAUAGACGACCACCAGAUAAUUCUUUUUAUGUUCGAACAUGUAACAAGAAUCCAAAGAAAACAAAAUGGUGGUAUCAUGAUGAUACUUGUUGAUGCCACUGUUAUCAUCCUCCUAGCAGAAGAUAGUCCUACUGAGAAAAUGAGCACUUUGAUCAUUCAGUCUUUGAACUUUAACCUUUGACUGGAAGUGACCUAUAGGCAAUGAAGACUACUUCCUUUUACUGCAUUUUUACUCGUGUGCAUUCUGGGCGCAUGUUGAUCGCUGGUUCAGUCCAGGCAACUGACAUGCUUUUAUUAGUCAUACAGUAUUAAUGCAGGUGUCAGGAAAUGUCAAAUAUAAUUCCAUUUUUUAUUUUUAUUUUUUUAAGCUUUUGGAAAAGUUCCAGGUCCUCAUGUAUUGUGCAAUAACAAUGACUUCCUUGGCGGUUUUGGGACGUUCAUUGCCGGCAAUGGACGUUGUAACAGGAAAAAUUUUCAUUAACUCCUGCCACCCAAUGAUUAAUGCAUGAUAGGGCCUAUGAAAUGAACUUAUCAUUAUCAGUUAGAGUGGGAUUAUAAAUAAAGUGAGGGAUCCAACAUUACUUUGAAAGUCACCCCAACUGCUUAUAUUUGGAUUCUAUGCACUGUGAACCUAAGGUUAACAGCAUGAAUUAACAUGCGUCUUUAAAGGACUGUAAUGAAAGAUCAUUGCGUAUUUAUUGAAUUGUUUAUAUCUGCUGUCAAAUUGUUUUGACAUGGAUAGUUUUCAAGUGACAUUGGCAGAGAGGUACAAUAUGUUAUCCCUAUGGUGAAAAUGAAUUCAUUUGUUGUAUAUAGUUCCUCAGUCUCUGAAGUAAAGGUGUGAGUAAUAUAGGGUAUGAAUGGUUUAAUCAGGGCUUUAUUUUGGAAGUAAGAAAAAUGGCAGUGACGAGUAAACUGCUGCAGUCCAUGAGUUGGGCUUGUCGUUUGUACGUUAACAGUUUUCCCCAGCAGAUGACACUCUGCUACUUCCCGCUAGCCGUCAGCAUGAGCCCUGCUGCCUCGACACUAUUUCAUUUAUUUGUGUUUGGAAAAUCCAUAAACAUUUUUGUUUGCAGUUUUGUUUCUUUUGUUAUGUUAAGUCAAGUUUGAAUGUUACAGUACUUUAAUUGAAAAACUUUUGUCAAGUUUUUUCUUGUAAAUUUUCUUUACUUGUAAGUAUCAUCUUGUCCUUCAAUCCUGUACCCUAAAAUAAGAAAUACAUUUUUGACAGAGGCUUAAUGUUUUAACAAAAGAGUGUGGACAUUUUUAUUUUAAAAUUUAGGCAGAAGUACACUAUAGAAUGGUAUGUUUGCUUAUUUGUUUCACACAACCAUACAGUUUUGUUCUGGAGGGAUUUGUUUUGUUUUGCUUUGUUUUGUUGUUAUUUAAGACUGCUUACAGCUAGAUAACAUUUUUCUAUAGAAAAAAAAAAUUGUUUGAAAGGUCCAACUCUCAGUACCAUGUAAGUUAAAGAUACUGCAACUAGGUUCUCUUUUUAAAAAGCAAUUAAUGUAUUUUAUAAAUUACCUUUUCACAUAUGCAAAAUCUGUUUCUACUACAAUGUUAUUUUUACUAAUGCCUAUUGUUGCACUCUUUUUUGACAUAUCCUGCAGUGAAUAUAAUGGAUCAAUUUGGGCUUAAAAGUGAAAGCCAGUUGGCUAAAAGGUUUGAAAUAUGUACCCCAGCAAAACCAUCCAAUCAAUAAUUGGCAAAGAAUAUUUUAAAAAUUGUUUUUAAUCUCUGUAUAGAUGACAUUUUGUAGCUUUGUACAUGUUGUUAAUUAAGGGCAUAUAAUUUUACACUCUAAAAGUAUAAUUGUUGAACUCAGGGGUGGGUAGACUUCUAAAAUAUGUCUGCUGUAGAAAUAACUUGAAAAAAAAGUUUAAACUAUGGCCAGCCACCAAAUUGUGGACACCGUUUAUACUGCUGGUUAGCAACUACCAGUGUUUAAACUUAAAAAGCAUUUUUGUUCUUGACUAGAGAUGUACACAAAUUCUCACAGUAGUCUCUAUCAGUCUUAUUAGUUGGCUGAUUUAACCAAGACAAAAAAAUGUUUUUUGGAAUGCUUUGAACUACUCUUAGUUUUUAACUGCUUUUUAAUAUGCAAAUUGCAGCUGUAAAUUAUGUAUUUUUCAUAUUUUACGUAACUGCUCUAAACUACUGAUUCACUUGAUCAUUCUCUGGGGUGGGGUGAGGGUCUCUCUCCAUACUGCUGGUCCUCUUACUAAAAUCCUUUUAUAAAGAAAUGACCUGUGACAUUUAUUCACCAAAGGAAUUAAUAUACCAGGUCAAAGGUUAACAAUGCUAUUGUAUAGAUUGAUAGGUCAUAUAUAGCCUCAAUUGAGUUUUUUAAUACAAAUAAUAGUAUUUUAACAUACCUCGCUCUCUACAUAGAGAUACCGUACAAUAAAUUAAAAUGACACAGAGGAAAGCAAAGGAAAACCAAAUAAUUUUGGUACAUUUUAUGGUUUAAGGAGAAGAAGAUAGGAUGAAAUAUCCUGAAAUAUAGACCAUUCAAAAUUUGCAAUCUGGUAACACCUUAUGCGUUACUUCCUUGAAUUUAGGAAUCAUUGAAAACUCCUGUGCACUUAGAUUUAAUUAAGUUAAUUUUAAAUAUAAGUUACAUUAUUAAAAGCAUAAGAUGUUUACCUGAGUCAUUGCUCAAGAGAGGGCAAUUAACGGCUUUGUAAUAAUAAAAAGAAUAUUUCUCUGUAUUGCGUUGUUGAAUGUCAGCCAGAAUAACUAAGAAAAUGUACAUAGGAACAUGGUACUUCCCUCUUCCCUGCAUUCCCUCUAUGAGGCACUAUCUGCUGCAUAGGUCUACAGAAUUAUACCUUCAGAUUUAGGACAAUACGUACUCUCUUCUUUUUUAUUUAUUUAUUUAUUUAUUUUAAGGCCAUUCUGGUUUGCCAAAUUCUGUUACGGCAGUAGUACAUUCAGUUCCUUAUUUUGCAUGUUUAGAUCAUGAACUUGGUGCCCUUUCCAAAAAAAAAAAAAAGAAAAAAAAAAUUAUGUCAAGUAGGUAAUUAAUGCCAUAGAUUUUAAAGAGAGAAACGGUUUUCAGUUUUUUAAGAUAAAUUUUUAAAAAUAAAUUUUAUGGCUGUUCUCUUAAGGAAUUUAAUAUUCAUCUCUAAAGGACUUACUUGUAAUGUACAAAUUCCUCCUUUUUAGCUAGCAGGGAAAUAAGGCUUUUUUUAAAAACCCAGAAGAAAAUGCUAAAAAUAGCUUUUAUAUAGAGUUCAUCUGGAGAAAGAUCUUAAUACUUAUUGUUUUGACUAGGUAUAUAAAUAUUUCGUAUAAAGUAACUAGAAUAGUUUACUACUUUUUCCCUUCAGAAAUUUUAACUAUAUGCAAAAAUAUAUAUCAUUAGAUUCCUGUGGUGGAUAAUCAUUUCUUCAGAUUCUAAAACAGGUAUCUAGCGACUGCUUAAUUGUUCCCAGAUUGCAUCAAAGAUGAAUUGAAAUGAGUAAUGAUAUGAAAAUGGUAUGUAACCACAUAUUACUUGUUUCUAGUAAUCAACUCUUAUUUUUUAAAAAGCCUAUUGUUUUUGAGGAUUGAGGUAUUUAAAAACUUGUUAAAGCUUCUUCCUAAAAAUAGAAGAGAAGAGCAGGUACUGUGUGUUUAAGAAAAAUUUUUUUUAAAUAAAGAAUUCAGUGUCACUAGUUCUAAGCCUUUAUGGUUACUGCUGCCUACAUUUCUCAAUCUCACUUUUAUUUCGUUUUUUGUACAUAUUUUAGCUGAAUGCUUAAGAUUUGUGAUUGUGUACAUAAGUUUAUUUUCAAAAAGAGCUGAGGCUUGACCAUAUGAGUCUUUUCUGAGGAUUCAUUGUUAUCAAAAUCAGCUACUGCACUAUUCUGUUAUGCUAAUGCCUUUGCAUGAUUAAGAUCUGUGAACAAGGUAUCUUUUCAUCUGCACCUCCUGGCCCUAAUCCUCUUUACAGUCUUUAUUUUUAUUCCGCCUUUAUUCUUCUUCCUUCCUGCCUCCUCACAGAUACCAGUGAUCAGUCUUCAGUGUCCCUCUGACCGCUCAGAUUUUCUCCCCUCUUCCCUCCCUUCUUUCCUUCCUUCCCUUUCCUCUCCCUUUCCCUUUCUUGAGGUUAGGAAAUCUAGAGAAGGAGGAUUAUUAAAAUUAUAUCAGAAAAAAAUUUUAAUAAAAAGAUUCUAUCCUACAAAUAAAAUAAUUUCUGAUACCUAAUCUUAGUCCAUCAGUAGAUGGCUAAAUUUGUUGAAUAAUUGACUACUUGAUAAAUAAGCUGUUGUUAGCUGUAACUUAGUUCUUAAAUAGUGAUAUUGAGGGAAUUUCAUUUACUUUUUGGAUGUGACUCUCUCAAAGCCUAAUUAUUGCCCAAAUGAAUUCAAUUACUUAUUUUGGUGAAAGUGUUUUUCCAUUUAAGUUUCUAAACCAUUUUGAGACUUGGAGCUAUGUUUUAAAAAUAAUAAUUUGUGGGAGACUUUUACUUUCUCAGCAUAAAUUAAAGACAGGUUUAUAUACAUCAUUAUCAUUAGAGGCCCGUGGAAUCUAAACAUGUACUUCAAACUCAGAUCUCUGUCCUUCAAGUUGAAAUUCUGGUUCUGACUAUGGUCCUGAUAAUUGAGGUGUUUAUUGUGACUUUAAUUCUCAAAUGUUAGCAUUGGGACCUAUGGUUGGGGAUGAAUCUCCAAAAUUAUUACAUGAAUAUCUUUCUUAUGAAAAGUUUGUUGUUAAUAAAACUGUGAUAUCUGAAGCCAUUUUGAAUAUGUGGAAGGAAUGUCUGAAUAGAAGCCAGUACAGUACGUCUUCACAAACCUAAAGAACUCGAGUUUUGCAAGUUGAGCGCAGUUGAUUGGGAAAGGAGAAAUAGUUCUUGUUCUGUUUCUUGGCACGUACACCAUCAGGGUUUUGAGAAAAGUUUGCUCCCACAGUAAUUCUCAGCUGUUUUCUCAAAGGCAAAAGCACGGUUUCAAAACUCACUGGGCUGUGGCUUGUUAGAUGUGACUUCACUUGUCAGAUUUCCUGACGCAUCAAAUUACUGAAUAAUCUUGCCUCUCUAAUUAAAAACCUGAAACAGGACGAAUAAAGAACUUGGUAGAUUGUGUCAGAUAACCCUGGAAAUGCAGGUCUCUUCAUAGUUAAUCACAGAUUGUUUACAUAAUGCAAACUGAUUGUCAGGCUCCAGGAACAUAGUUAUUUGAAUAGAUUAUUAGGUCAGUUAUCUAGUAGCCAAGAAUUAGGUGCAUGUUCAAGUCAUAAUGGAUAUGUUAUUUUUAGUUGGUACCAUUUUUCUCUGAAUAUUCAGAAAUAUAGAUUGUGCAUUUUAUUAAUAGGAAUGGAAGCUCAUGCUUGAAGAUUUGCAUAGGGCGGAUGUAUGUAUUUUAUAAAAUCAAGUUGUACAAUAUGUAAAGCUACUGCUUUUUAAAUAGAAUAUAAAUGUUGACAGAUAAAUAUAUUAUAUAUUUUUAAAUACAUGUAUCGAACUUUUGUUAGUUGAAUACAAACUACAUUGUGUGCUUUAUGGAAUUCAGUAACUUUUAAUAAUAAAGCAGUUGUCAUUGA